CGUUCUGCUUGUAGUCACUUUCGUUUACUUUCCUUCAUUCUUGUAGCCGCUUUAACAGAUAGCACGCUUUUAAAUUUCCAUUAACGCGGAAAGCAUGUGGUGAUCGCUCGUGUGGACCGUGUGGAAAGUUCGCGUGUGUGCCAUAUAUUUGUUCCUUUAGCUAGCAACUUAAUUCAAUUCUAUAUAUUCGCCGGCAUAAUACAAACAUUACAUAAUGGGCAGCAGUUUGCGUGAAAGUCAGCUGAUUGGCAUUGGCAACCCUCUGCUGGACAUCUCGGCCGCAGUUGAUGAGGACCUACUCAAGAAGUAUGACUUGCAUCCCGAUGAUGCUAUCAUGGCAGAGCCCAAGCAUAUGUCACUAUACAGAGAACUGGUUCAACAAUACAACGCUGAGUUCAUCGCCGGCGGCAGUGCACAGAACACGUUGCGCGUGGCGCAGUGGAUCCUCAAGAAACCAAACGUAUGUACAUACUUCGGUUGUGUGGGGUGCGAUGACUACGCGUCUAUCCUGAAGCAGAGAGCAAUUGCAGAUGGCGUGACAGUCCGGUACCAGGAGACGAGCGAGGCGCCGACUGGCACAUGCGCGGUGCUGGUCACUGGCACGCACAGAUCUCUGUGCGCCAACUUGGCGGCCGCGCAGAAGUUCACCCCUGACCAUUUGGCUAAAGAAGAAUGCAGGAAGAGCAUCGAGGCAGCCCGGUUCUUCUAUGCGACGGGUUUCUUCGUGGCGGUGUCCCCGGAGUCGAUCCAGCUGUUAGCGACGCACGCUCACACAAACAAGCUUACGUUCAUCAUGAAUCUCAGCGCGCCAUUCGUGUCGCAGUUCUACAAGGAGCCCCUCGAGAAAUUGUUGCCGUACGUGGACGUGCUCUUUGGAAAUGAAUCGGAGGCAGACGCGUUCGCGAAAGCGUUCAACAUAAACGAAACGGGUCUCCAGGAGAUCGCGUUGAAAAUAGCAGCCGCACCCAAACUCAACAAGGAGAGACAGCGAGUGGUGGUCAUCACCCAGGGUAAAGAUCCCGUUAUACUGGUGGAGAACGGUAAAAUCAACCUGAUACCCGUCAAUGUGUUGUCCAGGGAACAGAUAGUGGAUACGAAUGGAGCCGGGGACGCGUUCACGGGCGGUUUUCUAAGCCAAUUAGUACUGGGAAAGUCAUAUGCGACGUGCGUCAAAUGUGGUAUAUAUGCCGCAACACAUAUUAUACAGCAUUCAGGAUGUACGUUCAGUGGCGAGAGUGAUUUUAAAGAGAGCUAAAGUGGACGCUGGCCUCAGGAUGCGGAACAAACCCGGAGCGCACAAUACUGAUACUUGCUUCAUACCCAAUCCCCAAACUUUGUUUCAAGGACCAUUGACCAAAAGUUUCGGUGUAGAUUAUUGGAAUGAUUUUUGGAAAUAACAUUGCCUUUUUUUUAGAGCAUUGUCGAUUAAUCAUGUUUAUUUGAUUGUACUUUUUAUGUAAUUUUCAUUUUCAAGUGAUUAGUUUGAAUGCAUUUUUAUGUAGGUAGAUAAAAUGACGAAAGUCCUUUCCCUACCUAAAUAACUACCCUUGAUGUUGCUAGCUUCAAAAAAUCUAAAACGUGAAAUCAUUAUUGAAGAAUAAUUUAGAAUGUUUCUUAUUCUGUUUAAGAAAGUUCUUUAGUGCCUUCAAGUUUGUGUCCAUUUAUCUUUUUUGUUCCGUACUCUGAGGUGUUGGCUUUGGAAGCAGCACUUCCAAAGUAGAAUUGGCUACAACAAUAAUCAAGAUAAAGUAAACUGGACUGUAGAUAAUGUAUAUAAGUAAUCGCUUUUGAAACUUGGACAGUUAUGCAAACAGGGUUUUGAUCAUUCGCGUUCAUUUUGCAAUAGUUUUAAUUUCAGUUGAAUAUUUUCAAAAUAAAUUAAAAAUUUUCAACGUUUUUUCUAAAUAUUUUUAAAGAAGUUUUCUGGUAACCAUCGCCUUUAUUGUCUAGUUUGCAUAAUUAUGUCCAAAUACAUAAAAAUAUAGAAUAGUUGAUAUAAUUAUGUUAGUAAUGUAUCUCAAAAUUAAAAAUCCAGGCUCUAACGUAGUAUACAGAGGAGAAUUGUGUAUAUAUAUAUACUGAGUGAUAUAUGUAUAUUGUAAUUGGCAAUAAUGUGUAUAGAAGUUAUAAGUAGAGCGUGUCAAAUGUUUGUUGAUAAACAAUUAUGAACAGUACGUCCUAACUUCUGAUAUUGUGAACUAUCAUUUUUUAUUAGUGAUAUGAAAUUCGAAUAAAUUAGUUAUAACUGAAACUUUUUGAUGGACCACAAAACUAUUUUUUUUUUUAUGGCAAUAAUAUAUAAUAGUUUGUACUGUAUUGUACCUAUCGCACAAUUCCAUAAUCAUAUCAGUAUAUAAUAAUCGAUACAUAGAAUAUAUUUUUAAUUCUUAGUUGUCGACACUAGAGGGAGACACGUACAAGUGCAUGAGUAACAGGACCAGUAAUAAUUUUACGUGUAUAUCUGCAAAGAAUGAAAAUAUAAGUAGAAUAUACAUGAAAAAAUAGUUUAUUUGGAAUAAAUUACAGGGAAUGUAUGAUUUGACAAUAUGUAGAUGUGACGAAGAGGGGGUGUAGGUACCUAUCCUGUAUCGUCUGACCAUAAGGUGUAAUAAGCAAGACACAUGGGCCAUAGCUUUUUUUUACAAAGAUAGAUUAAUUAUUUUCUAAUUUAUGCCUGAUGAGUCAGAGAUAUACUUGUGCUUUCAGAUUAAAACACAUUGUUGCUUCAUAAAAGAAUUAGAAAGUUUUAAAAUGGUACAUUAGAUUUUCCAAUUAUAAAAAUCUAUUUUUUCUAUUUAGGAGCAAUACCAAUUAUUUUGUUUACAUCACAGUUCCCAGGAGUAUGUUUUGUCCUUUAAAAUAGAUUAGUAUAAAUUUUUAUUCAAGUUAACUUAAUUUUAAGCAUUUGCAAAUAGUAUUUUUGUAUGAUUCUACCACCCAAUUCGGAAUGCAAUUUUAGCUGAAAAGAAUGGGCAAGAAAACCAGCUAUUUAAUUUUUGUUUUUCAAACAAAAGAUAAAAAAUUUGUUUGAACAUUAAAUUAGAUUUGCAUUACAUAAAGGUGAAAAAAGUGGACUAAUAAAAUUAAAAUGAGUGAAUCCCUAUUCUUCUUUUUUUAAGUAAUAAUAUAGUUCUGUAUUUUAUAAGGUAUGGAGGCAUAAUACCGACAAGAGCGCAGCUCUUAAAUGGAUAGAUAGAUAGGAGGCAUAAUACCGUAUAUAGUUACUAUAUUAAAAACAUAAAGCAAAAUAACCUUGUCUUCCCUGUAGUAAUAAAAACUCCUUGAAAGUGAUCAAAUUAAGGACUGUUUUAUGUUUGCAUAAGUAUUAUAAUUUUGCUUAAAUCAUGAUACAAUUCAAAUCAUAAGACAUAACUUGAGAUAAAAAUAUCAUCUUAUGGAUCUUCUGGAUAUGAAUGGAAAUAAAUUUAAACCUCAAUAGUUUUUUAUGUGCUACUUCUAUAUACAGGUAUGUACAUCUAUAAAGAAGAAUGAUUAUUGUUAUUUAUUAUUGUAAAAUUGCCAUCAUCAUCAUCAGUAUCAUAACAGCCAUAAACCAACCACUGCUAAACAUAGGCCUCACUCUAUUGGAGGUUUUGCCAAUAGUUGUCAUGGUUGGCAGAUGGAUUGGCAACUGCAGUUAGGCUUUGGUUAUGUUUUAAGAGGGAUGCUGUCAUCCCUCGUCUAUUAAGUUCCCUUAGUCGCUUUUUACUACACCCAUGCAAGAGGAAGGGAAAGCUCAUUUUAUGGUGGGGCUACACUGCAUAGAAUUGCCAUAUACUGUGCAAUUAUAUUCACAUACUAAAUUGAUAUUUGUAGUAGUUACUAAACAUGUUCCUAUUCAAAUUAAUCUAUCUUGCCACCUCAACCAUUAAAAAUUAGAGGGAAUUAAAUAGAUUAUGUUUGUGUAGUAUAUAUCCAAUCAAGAUGUAUAUAAAUGGCAGGUAAAAAAUUAUCUAUCCAAAAUAAUAGUACCUGUAAAACAACUGUACAGUUACUGUUGUUUUACAAGUACUGUUAUUUUGGGGUGAUAAAUAAAAUUGGCAUUAUUAAACAGAAAUUAUCAUAAAUAUGCAGUCAUUUUUAUUUUAAACAAGAAAAUGCAACGAUUAUUAUUAGUAAUUAUUAGUCUUACAAUGAAUAAUAAUAAAUAGAAUAAAAUAAACAAAUUUGUAGAAUUUUUUGCAUUUCACGCCAGGAAAAUGAUAUUACUAUAUUCCUAGUAGGUAUUAAAUAGAUUAAAAAAUACUGUAGUAUUUACUUUUACUAUUUAAGUUAAAUUACUAUUAACAUUAUAAUGUUAAUAGUAAUUUAAUACUUACUAGGUAUAUAUAACAAUCAAGUCAUAAUUUGUUAAACUAUAUUUUUUAAAUAUGAAGGAUAUUAAGAAUCCAUGAUGAAAGUGGCACAUUAACUUUGUUUUACAUAUAACCUUAGGUUUUUUGGUAAGAUAAAAGCUUUUGAUAUAUACACCCUAUAAUGAGAAUCAUCUCAAAAAUUAAUCAACACUUAAAAAUAAUAUUUUGUUAUACAAAAUAAUUAUUACAUAAAAAUAAGAUCAAAUCGCACAAUAUGUAUGUCCCAAUUAGGUGCAGUUUCACUCUCAUUGCCUAGCAAAGGCAUGCACCUAUAAAUCUCAAUAAUAACGAAGUUGCUCUGUUUAACAAGUUUACUUAUACUGCGAGUGACAGGACCAGAAUAUGUUUUGAGAUUUAUUUUACAUUGUACUUUAUUAAAAACAUACUUUUUCUCCUUGGAGAUUUUAUUUAUUUUUGAAUUUUUAGUUUGACUCCUUACAGUUCUGUAAGCAAAAUUGUAUAUUCCUUGGUUGUACUUAUAUUUGUAUUUUUGAAAUAAAAUUGUCUUCUAAGUAAAAAUAUAAAUAGUUACUGUAGUAGAAAUUUCAGUUUGUAUAAAAUGAAAUCAAUAUGAUACCUUACAUAGGUAUCAUAUAAGUAACAAUAUCUAACAUACAAUAACAUUGAAUAACAAUAUUGUACUAUAACAUGAACUUUUGUUACCUAUUGCUAAAAUAAUUACUAAAGAAAAAUAAAUAGUACUUAACC